AAUGUAUGUGUACUUUGUAGUUUUAUAAGCUAAAAUGAGACACCUGCUAAAAGAGAUUAGAGACAAUAAUACGCCUCGUCUACACGUGUCUACAGGCUUAUCUGUAUCACGGUUUAAUGUAGCGGUGACUAUAAAGGAUUGGCUGUUUUUUAACUGGAUAUUACUAUCUAUUGAAUUCUUUCUUUCCUUUUUUUUUUUUCUGGGUCUACUAAUAAUCACUGUGUCCCGGAACAACAAGAGAGUCAUUUACCUGGACAGUUCUUUGAUAAACUCUGCCCAGAAGAUUUAUUACAAAAAAGAUGAUGAGCUACGGUUGAGAUAACUUGACAGUGCUUAUAAAUCACUUUAUAUU